AUGCGGGAUCAGCAGAGGGAGGCGAUCUAUGCCCUUGAGAAAGAGAUGGCAAAAAGUGGAGUGGAGCGAACUCAGUUCACCGAGCCGAGGCACGAUGAUCUUGGAUGGGUCAGUGAGUGAGUGAUCCAUGCAGCCCAGCUUUGCGCCCCUUCGCCGUGAACUCUACUCUGGUCAGCCGGCUCGCUACCUCCUCCCUCGAUGCUCUCAAGAAGCCUUGGAGGCGUUGGGCGUGCACGCGUGUUGAGCGAGCGCCACACCUUCCUAGCUGAGCGAGAAAGGCCUGGACCGAGCUUCAGCAACGAAACGCGGGACUGUGAAUGUGGCCGGGCUUUCUUGAGCCCGCCCGCGGUGCUGUAUCCAGGAAAUUGGGCCCAGCGGGCCUUGGCGGGCAACAACGUUUACUAA